UAACAAACAAAAAACCGAUAUCUCUGACACACACACACGCGCCUUUCUCCUUCUUCAUCUGGAAAUCGACGAAAUACGAUUACUCUCUCUACCCGCGAAAAACCCUAAUCCGAUUCAUAUUCUCCGUCUAAGAAGAAAUCUCUGACUCACCGUCUCUCUUUGUUCUCUCCUCCGCGGUAAGCUACAGAUCUGGUAAAAUCAAGCUGAGAGAGAGUGUGUGUGUGUGUGUUUUGACUCUGGCUCGAUGCUGUCUCUGAUCUCUUUACCCAUUGAUCCAGGCUUUUUCUGAUUUCUCUUAGUUCCGAGAAACCAUUAAGCUCCUAUUCUUUUCAAGUUGAUGCUUGUUUUCUCUUCACUGUCUAUGACUCCAAUUGUGAUCCCUCAAAAUCUCCGUGUCUUUGGCCCUGGUUUGAAUCCCUCUUUCCCUUACUGCAUUUCUAAUCACUCCCCUUGAUUUUAGUUGCUUCAUUUCAACUGAAUCAUCUAGAUUCUGCUUCUUCCAUAAAUUCUUCUUCUGUUGACAUUGGUUGAUGAUUUCUAGCCAUAAGUAGUGUACCUGCUUUAGACAUUCUUCGGUAAGAUUGUAACCAAUAUUAUGUAAAUCUGAGUCACACCUACGAAUCUCCCUGUCUAGUAAGUUUUCCUUAGGUAUUCUCCUUUGAGUCUUUCUAUCUGUGUAUUCGAGUCAGUUUUGGUUUAUCUGGAAUAUGCUCCAAGAGCAGCCAGUUGCAUUGUCCUUCCGGCGUAACUCAUUUAGGCGCCGGUCCAUGAAAACGGGUGUUGACAGAGACGACAGGGGCUGGACUCAGCUCCACAUCAAAGCUUGUAAAGGCGAUCUCAAAGCUGUUAAAGAGCUCCUUGACCAAGGAGCAGACGUAAACGCUUUAGCAUGUGGACCCAAAUCAAAAGGAAUGACUCCUCUUCACCUUGCAGCCAAAGGAGGUCACAUUGAAGUCAUGGACUUGCUUCUUGAACGUGGAGCCAAUAUUGAAGCUAGAACCUCGGGUGCUUGUGGCUGGACUCCUCUCCAUGCUGCAGCUAAAGAACGGAAGAGAGAAGCUGUCAAGUUUCUUGUGGAGAACGGAGCUUUCUUACCCGAUGAUAUAACCGACUGUAGAUUCAACCCGCCAGUUCAGUACUGUCUCGGCUUGGAAUGGGCUUAUGAGGAGAGGAAGAAACUCAGUGGAGAGACUUCUUCUUCAUCUUGUGGAGACACUUCUUGCAGUUCUGAGAAUUGAUUCAUGUUUCUUGCAGUAGCUCGUGCUGUCUCAAACACUCUGUGUGAUAUCUUGAACCGUUAAUUUGGUUGAUUGGUUUGAGAUGUAAACCAUCACCUGUUUUUUUAUCUCGCUUUUGGUUUGAAUAUGGACUAUCCGGUUUUGAUGCCGUUUGCUCAUAAAUUGAAGAAAACACAAAACAAAGGUUUUUUCUAA